GGGGAGUUAGGUAUCUAUCUUAGUGCUUAUUUGAGAAAAUAUGGACACUGUAGCCACUACUACACUGAUCUUCAUGUUGGCAUGUGCCAUCAUGCAUGCUCUUCGUUCACUGCAUUCAAGGAGAAGAAAUUCGAACUACAAGAUUCCACCGGGACCGUCCCUUCUCACCAUCAUCAGAAACUCUCGUCAACUGUACAAAAAGCCACAGCAGACAAUGGCCAAGCUUGCCAAAUUCUAUGGCCCCAUAAUGCGUUUCACCAUCGGCCAAUCAACCACCAUAGUAAUCUCUUCCACAGUCGCAGCCCAAGAAAUUCUCCAAACCCAUGACACCCUAUUCUCGGACAGAACAAACCCCGACGUCACAACAUCGUACAACCACAACCAUUACAGCUUGGUCUUUCUCCCUGUCUCGCCCCUCUGGCAAGAACUGAGAAAAAUUUGCCACGGAAACUUGUUUUCCGUCAAAACCCUUGACGCAAGUCAAGACCUUAGACGCAGGAAACUGCAGGAACUGCUGAGUGAUAUCCGCCAAAAUAGCCUCGACGGCGAAGUGGUGGACGUCGGAAGAGCAGCAUUCAUGGCCUGCAUUAACUUUUUGUCGUACACUUUUGUGUCAAAAGAUUUUGUUCCCUCUGUAGGUAAUGGUGAGUACAAGCACGUCGUGGCGACUCUCUUGAAAGCAACGGGAACACCGAACUUGGUGGAUUACUUCCCCUUCUUGAGGGUGUUCGAUCCACAAGGCAUAAGAAGACACACCACGAAUUACAUAGACAAGUUGUUCGAUGUGUUGGACCCCAUAAUCGAUGAACGGUUGAAGAUGAGGCAAGAGGAGAAUUAUGUCACCAGCCAUGACAUGCUUGAUAUCUUGCUUGAUAUUUCUCAAAAGAGCAGCGAGAAUAUACACAGAAAGCAGAUCAAACAUUUAUUCCUUGAUCUACUGGUUGCGGGGACCGAUACGACGGCGUACGGCUUAGAACGGACAAUGACGGAGCUAAUGCACAACCCGGAGGCGAUGCGGAAGGUGAAGAAGGAGUUGGCGGAAGUGAUCGGAGUGGGGAAGGCGGUGGAUGAAUCGGACGUGGCAAGGCUUCCGUAUAUGCAAGCGGUGAUAAAAGAGAGUCUUCGCAUGCACCCACCAGCGCCGCUUCUGCUUCCACGAAGGGCGAAAAUAGACGUGGAAGUGUGCGGGUGGACGGUGCCAAAGGGUGCUCAGGUGCUGAUAAACGAGUGGGCCAUAGGGAGGAGCCCGGAGGUGUGGGAGGAUGCGCAUGUGUUCUCGCCGGAGAGAUUCUUGGACUCUGACAUCGACGUGAAAGGUCGACACUUUAAGCUGACACCCUUCGGCAGUGGAAGACGCAUCUGCCCUGGCUCUCCACUGGCCGUGAGAAUGUUGCACCUCAUGCUGGGCUCUCUUGUCAACUGCUUCGAUUGGAAACUCGAAAACAACAUGGAACCUAAGGAUAUGGACAUGGAUGAAUCGCUUAGGGCAAUUCCUGUUCCUAUCUAAAAUACCAGAUUCUGCCUUUCAUUAUUUCUGUACGCUUCCCUGCUUUUAUCUUUUUUCUUGCUUCUUUUUCUGAACUAUUUUACUGUCCUUAAAUUUCAGUCGUGUAUAUUUUCGUUAACCUUGUCUAAUGUAAGACAUUUUUUUAAUGUUAAAUGUAAUCUCUAAUUUAUUCAUGUUCAAUUUAGUCUUUUUUUUUCACAA